AUGCCGAUCGCUGCCAACGGUGGUGAAGGUGCCUGCAACGCCCACGCGUACCUGGGCGACCUCGAGGGCGUAGAUCACCGCCAGCUCUCAGUCUACCCCGAUGGCAAAGUGCUUACACUGCCACUGAUCUACCUUCCCGACAUCGUUCUGUUUCCAGGCGACGAUCUGCCGCUCCGAAUGCUCUCGGGCUCGAUGAUUGGACGCAUCCGCGAAUUGUUAUCACAUGACGGUGCGCUGUUGGCCGUGCUGCCUCCACACCAGGCUAAAACACAAUAUGGAACCACUGUUCGAGUCGAGAGGUUUAGUGUGGAAGAUCAUUUUGCGGCAAUGACUGGCACAGCUCGACAGCGCUUCCGUCUCAUUCAGAGGCUGCGAGCCGAGCCGAGCGCUCAGAUUUUGCGGGGUGAAGUGGAGAUCUUACCGCAGGACAGAGCGCAGUCGAUCCCAUUCGACGACUUGUGCUGGCAUCGGGAGAACGAGAACGAGAAGAGGAGAAGUCUGCGAAGACUACGUGGACGGCAGUAUCCAGCCUACUGGGGGCGCCGCACAUAUGCGCUAUAUGACGCACGAGUUCUGGUGCAGAAGAUUCAGAACAUGCUACUCUCAAAUAUCCACGGUGAAUGGUUCCGCAAGCCGAGAACGGAGAGAUCAAGCACACAAGGUGGUGAUGAUGAAGACGAGAAGUCAUCGUUGGUGCACUACUUGGCGCUGCCUAGCGACCGACAGGAUCCGAACUUGUUUGCGUACUGGGUGGCCGGUAAUUUACCGCUGGACACAAGUCAACGACUGGAACUGCUGAGUAUGAACUCCACCGUUCGGUUGCUACGUCGAGAGAUCGAACUGCUUGAUCAGGUAGAGGAGGAUAUUUUCUGCUCCAUGUGUGGGUCUUUCCUUGCGAAUACUCGAGAGAUCUUCAGCAUGACCUCACGUGGUGCAGCUGGAGGCACGUUCGUCAAUCCGGGGGGCCAUGUUUUCCAAGUGUUGACACUGCGCGAGGUGGACCGUGCACACGUGUUCGUGGAUAUGAUGCGCAGUACAGAAGACACGUGGUUCGCGGGAUAUGCGUGGAGCAUCACGCAUUGUAAUUCGUGCUACCAACAUCUCGGGUGGCGCUUCGACCGAGUGGACUCACAGCGACAGCCUGCUACUUUCUUUGGGUUCCGACGAGCAGCAUUAACUCGAUCUCGAGGUUCUCGACGAGUUGAUCCUCGAUCACUUGGCUUGGACGGAUACGAUACGGAGGACUAUGAAGAGUCCAUAGCGUCGAGUGAUGGCUCGUCGAAUGAUAGUGAGGAGAGACCUUUGCUGUUGGGUGCUGAGUAG